AUGGAUGAGAAUCGACAGCGGGAACUUCGGAUACUCAAGUCGCUCAGCAGUCAGCACGAAUCCUUCGUCAAAUUUAUUAAUACGACACCUCACACUGUUACUUUAUACUGGAUGGAUUAUCAGGGGCAGGCGAUUAAUUACGGCGAUCUGUCAUCUGGCGACUUCAGAGAAAUAAACACGUUUCAAACGCAUCCGUGGAUUUUCGUCAAUAAAGUAACGGGCGUCAGGUACUUGGUGAACCAAUGCGACGUUUUCUUCCCUGCGCCGUGGUUCCGCGCGUACCGUGGGAUCAAUCCGGACGCGUUUCACGAACUGCCACAAAGAAUCGAGAGGACCAACGUGUACAUCGUGCUACCGAUGUUCACUCUGCAACAAUUGUCAAUGAGGGUCAUCAAAAACUGUCUCACGUACGACUCGCAGGCUUUCCUCCUCGACAUUCCACGGAGCCUCCAGUAUGAGAUCUCUACAAUGCUGCCGAGGAAGCCUGGACCUUCGUGGUCAUGCUCUCUCCUAAAUAAUAUAGUGUGA